AUGAAUGAUUCAUAUUUAUCUUCCCACGCUAGCACCAAAUAGAAUUUUCACCUUAGAAACACAAGUAUUCAAAGUAUAAAGAGUCACCAAGGACUGUUUUCAAGAAAAAGCUAGAUCACAUAGCUUGAUCAAACCUAAGAGGGAAAUGGCCCUAAUGAUACCUAUAUUAACAGUGGGUUGUAUACGCCACAUUCUCCUACCUCAUAGAAAUCAGCAAUAUCAAGGCAUAGCUAUAUUAAAACUUCAAAAGCUAAGAUAAAACAAACAAAAUAAGGGGGUGAUGCUUCUACCAAAACUUUGAAGAUUGGUGCCUAGCCAGAUGAAAUAGAUUCAGAAGUAGGUACAACUCAUGUAGUAUUGGACUCGCAAAACAAAAGUGAUCCUUAUUCUUCUAGGGAAAAAUUAUCAGAUGAUUUCCUGAAUUCUUAGGAGUUUAUACUGUAGCAAUUAAGUUUCAAAUUUAGUUAGACUAAGUUCUAAGCUGGCUAUGUAUAUUUCAACUCAAUUCUGAUGUUCGUAUUUCCAAUCAUAAUUACAAUUUACUAAUUAUUCUUGCUGAUAACUAUUUAAAAGCAAGUAUCAUUGAUAGGGGACCAAAAUGAUGACGAGGGAAAUAGCAUCAAUAUCAAACUAUCCUAUCCACUAUAUAUAGUUCAGAUUAUUUUCACUCUGCUAUCAAACUUGGCAAUAUUUUAUGUUGGAUUUAGUGGGUUUAAAGUUAUGAGAUAAAACCUAGCUGCUUUGAAGUAACUAGAAAUCUCUAACUAUGAUGCAAAAACAUUAGAAAAAAGAUAUGAUCUCUACACCAAGAGUUUUAUAAAUAAUUCAAUGAUAUUCUUUGUAGGGAUAAGUCUAUUAAUUGCCUGUUUAAUUGGAAUAAGUUUUAUUAACAUUCGAAAAGCAGAGUCUGAAUACAUUUAAACUCAUAAAAAAGCUCAUUAAUAUGAGGCUAAUAAUGGUGUGACUGAGCAUGAGUAGCAAGUGCUUGAUAAUCUCAAGAGUUGGUAUUAAUACUCAUAUUUAGGAAUAGCCUUAUUACUGAUAAUAUUUUUUGGAUUUUAUGUCAGAACUUUAUUGCGAUUUAAAACUAAUCAGAUGUAUCUGGAAAAUCAGAUUACUACUUUUGCUAUGGUUAGAAAUAAUGAAAAUUAUUUCUCUGACAAUAAAAAAGAUUAAGACGAAUCCUAUUCAGACAAUACAUCUGCAAUGGAGUUUAAAUUUACUCCAGCAGAUAAAACUUAAAAUACAAGGACAAAUGCUACAAAAAAUAACUACACCAAAUAAUAUAUGGUAUGA